AUGGAGGAGACGGUCUAUUGCGGAUAUAGUUUGAGGCUGAAGCCAAGAAAUUCUGAUUCUUCUGGCCUACCGACCGCUGUCUUCAACUUCUCGGUCAAGUGGCACCAUUCGCUAGUCUUCGUUGAUCAACCGGGAGUGCCGACAAGUUUCCAAGACACUACACUGUCGGAGUUGAGUCAGUCGCUUGAGAUGCCACUUUGCAUCUUAUCAUGGCAAUCCCUUUGCGAAAUGCACUUGGAGAGAGUUCUUGAUAUUUUGGGUGUUCAUCACAGCUUUCGGGCUGAUAUUACAAGAAUUAUUCUGUGUACGACGUUUCGGGCAUUGGGUAAUGGCCAUGGAGGGUUUGACGUGAACAUAAAUUUGGCAUUGGCCAUCCGAGAUGAAGUCGAAAUGGAAGACACCGAGGAAGCCUCAAUCGGAGGAUACGAGUCGGAUCCCGACCAAGUCACGCGAGGUGUCUCCAGAAGCACCAUUGGAAAGCUCGAGCAGAAGAGCUACUCCGUUCGAGACUCCAACGGAUGUUGUUCUAUUUGUUUAGAGAAACUAGAUGGGGAAGACAAAGUGAUGGAGAUACCGUGUUCGCAUUUAUUUCAUAGGAGGUGCAUCGUCAAGUGGCUCGAGAGGAAUAAUUCGUGUCCGCUAUGUCGUAGCAAAGUAGAAGUAGAAGAUCCCAUGUAG